AUGUUUGGGCGUGUUCCAAAGAAGAGUGAUAACACCAAGUAUUAUGAAGUACUUGGGGUUUCAAAAAGUGCAAGUCAAGAUGAAUUGAAGAAGGCUUAUAGGAAGGCUGCCAUGAAGAAUCAUCCUGAUAAAGGUGGAGAUCCCGAGAAGUUUAAGGGAUUGGCUCAAGCUUAUGAAGUUCUUAGCGAUCCAGAGAAGAGAGAAAUAUAUGAUCAAUACGGCGAAGAUGCUCUUAAAGAGGGAAUGGGAGGUGGCGGUCCUUCUCACAACCCAUUCGACAUAUUUGAGUCAUUUUUUGGUGGGGGAGCCUUUGGUGGUGGCGGUAGCUCAAGAGGGAGAAGGCAGAGGCGAGGUGAAGAUGUUGUGCAUAGUCUAAAAGUUUCUCUGGAAGAUUUAUACAAUGGGACAACAAAGAAACUCUCUCUUUCCAGGAACGCACUAUGUGGCAAAUGUAAAGGGAAAGGUUCAAAGAAUGGAGCCUCUUCUAGAUGUUAUGGUUGCCAGGGUUCUGGAAUGAAAGUUACAACACGUCAGAUUGGACUGGGCAUGAUCCAACAGAUGCAGCAUGUCUGUCCUGAAUGCAGAGGCUCAGGUGAGGUGAUCAGUGAUAGAGAUAGAUGCCCACAGUGCAAAGGAAACAAGGUUACUCAAGAAAAGAAGGUGCUGGAAGUACACAUUGAGAAAGGAAUGCAAAAUGGCCAAAAGAUUACAUUUGAAGGACAAGCUGAUGAAGCGCCAGAUGCAGUUACUGGAGACAUUGUUUUUCUAUUGCAACUCAAGAAACACCCCAAAUUUGAACGGAAAUUUGAUGACCUUUUUGUUGAACACAACCUCAGUUUGACAGAGGCACUGUGUGGGUUUCAGUUUGCCCUAACUCAUCUUGAUGGCAGGCAGCUUCUAAUUAAAUCAAACCCUGGCGAGGUCAUCAAGCCUGGUCAAUACAAGGCUAUCAAUGAUGAGGGUAUGCCCCAUCAUCAAAGACCUUUCAUGAAAGGCAGUUUAUUCAUCCAUUUUAAUGUUGAUUUCCCUGAAUCUGGGGUAAUAUCACCUGAGCAAUGCCGGACAUUAGAGACUUUAUUGCCCAUGAAGCCUUGUAAGCACUUGUCAGACAUGGAGCUUGAUGACUGUGAAGAGACUACUUUGCAUGAUGUCAACAUUGAGGAGGAAAUGAGGCGGAAGGAACAGCAGCAUCGGCACCAAGAAGCUUAUGAUGAAGAUGAUGAUGAGUCAUCAGCGCCAAGAGUGCAGUGUGCCCAACAAUAAGAAAAUAUUAACCUGUAAUUUGAGCAGCUGGAUACCAUGUUACUGGGAAGUUAUUAUUUGUGGUUAUGUCUGCGUAUUAAAUUGGCAGUUUGUCGUCUUUUUUAUUUUUGUUACUUAUAUUAAUCCCCAGCGAUUUGUGUUAUUUUGUCAGUUCGUUCACAACCCUUACAGGGUUAAUCUAUGUUAACAUGCUAUAUAUUUGAUAUUAUACUACAAGUUUGAGAUCA